AUGAGUUUGCAUAUAUUAAGUCUCAUUGUGUUUCUAUUCAUUGGUGAAGUAUUUGCAAUUAACCAGUGUGCUCCAAGCUUCUAUGAAAACUAUGAGAUUUUAUGGGGAGAAGAUUAUUUCAAGUCCUAUGAUCAAGGCCAAGAAGUUCAGCUCUCCCUCACUGACCCAUCCUCUGGAGCUGAAUUUAUUUCAAAGUCAAGUUAUGGUUCUGGUUCCUUCAGCAUGAGUAUGAAGCUCCCCGGCAAUGACUCCACAGGAGUUGCAACAAUUUUCAAGAUCGAAUCGUUCACAACCUACACUCCAGAAAAUUGGGUUGAACUAGAAUUCCUAUAUGUCAGGGAGAUAAAAGCAUACUUAGUCCAAACAAAUGUGUACGCAAUUGAUACACUGGACAGAAAGCAGAUUAUCCGUCUAUGGUUUGAUCCCACUGCAAGCUUCCAUGACUACACCAUCCUCUGGAACCCUCACCAAAUAGUAGUUUCUGUUGACGAAGUUCCCAUUAGGGUUUUCAGAAACAACUCAAAAAAAGGAGUCCCCUAUCCAACAAAACCCAUGAAAGUUGUGGCUUCUAUAUGCAAUAAAAAAGCUUUGGAUCAAUUGAAGGUCUUUCGCUAUUAUGGUGAAACAACAAUUGAUUGGAGCCAUGCACCCUUCAUAGCUCAGUUUCGAAACUUCACCAUCAAUGGCUGCGUCUAUAAUGGGACCCAGAACUCUUGCUAUUCUUCUGAAUAUUGGUGGAACAAAAAGAAGUAUUUGAACCUAACCCUCAACCAAGUAAAAUUAUACCGACGUGUCAAAGAUAUAUAUAUGAUCUACAAUUACUGUACUGAUGAUAAAUUCAGGUUUCCAAACCCUCCCCCAGAAUGCCAGCAACUUGGACAAUUGUUUCCCCCUACCCAAUGA